AUGGAUCAAGAAAUAGAAGAUUUUCCCAUUACAGCAUUACGUGAAAUUACAAUUUUACAAGGUCUUCGACACGAUAGUAUUGUACAACUGAUUGAAAUGUGUCGAUCACAAGUAGAAAAUUCGUCUCGAAGUAAAUUCUAUUUCAUAUUUGAAUUUUGUGAUCAUGAUCUGGCCGGUAUUUUGCGCAAUGUACAAGUCAAAUUCUCAUUGGGACACAUCAAGUCCAUUAUGCAGCAAUUACUCAAUGCUCUUUAUUUUAUUUAUACAAAUUAUAUAAUUCAUCGAGAUAUAAAACCCGUGAAUCUCUUAAUUACAGGUAAUGGUAUACUUAAAUUGGCUAAUUUUGGUCUGUCAAAAAUGAUUACUCCACCGAAGCCCGAUAAAAAAAAACGACAUACCUAUCGGAUGAUCACAAUGUGGUAUCGCCCUCCUGAAUUGCUAUUAGGUGAACGAGACUACGGUUCAGCUGUUGACAUGUGGGGUGUAGGAUGCAUCUUUGCUGGCAUGUGGACCCGUUGUCCAAUUAUGCAAGGAGAGACUGAACAGCAUCAACUCCAAUUAAUUGCAAGUCUAUAUCGUAGUAUUGAACUGAGUGUUUGGCCUCGUGUUCAUUUAUUGCCACUCUAUAAUAAAAUGAAGUUACUAGAAGGUGAGCGUCGAAAAGUUUAUGAUCGAAUGAAACCUUAUAUUCAAGAGCCAUUAGCACUUAAUUUAAUCGAUCGAUUACGAACACUUGAUCCAAAGCAACGAAUCGAUGCUGCCAAUGCGCUUGAUUCUGAUUUUUUUUUAUUCUGA